AUGCUGGCCGGGCUUUCCUGGCCCGAGGCGUCGGCGCUGGCGCUGCUGGCCCUGGCUCUGCUGGUCACCCUGUGCCGGCACCUGUGGGCGCUGCGCUGGAGCCUCAGCCGGGACCGGGCCAGUGCCCUGCCCCUGCCCAAGGGCUCCAUGGGCUGGCCGUUUUUUGGGGAGACUCUGCACUGGCUGCUCCAGGGCUCCCGCUUCCAUAGCUCACGGCGGGAGAGAUAUGGAAACGUCUUCAAGACCCACCUCCUGGGCCGGCCGGUGGUGCGGGUGACAGGCGCUGAGAACAUCCGCAAGAUCCUUCUGGGCGAGCACACGCUGGUCAGCACGCAGUGGCCACAGAGCACCCAUAUCAUCCUGGGCUCCCAUACCCUGCUCAGCUCCACUGGUGACCUGCACCGCCAACGCCGCAAGAUCCUGGCCAGAGUUUUCAGCCGUGCUGCCCUGGAGAGCUACCUUCCACGGAUCCAGAAGGUUGUGAGCUGGGAGCUGCGGGGCUGGUGCAUGGAGCCGGGCUCCAUCGCAGUUUAUUCCUCCGCUAAAACCUUAACUUUCCGCAUUGCAGCUCGGAUACUCCUGGGGCUCCGCCUGGAGGAAAAGCAGUUCAAGGAUCUGGCCAAAACUUUUGAACAGCUGGUGGAGAACCUCUUCUCCCUGCCCCUCAACAUACCCUUCAGUGGGUUGCGCAAGGGAAUAAAAGCACGGGACAUGCUACAUGAGUUUAUGGAGAAGGCUAUACAGGAAAAACUGCAGAGAAACAACCCAGAAGAUCACAGUGAUGCUCUGGAUUUCAUAAUGAACAGUGCCAAGGAGCACGGCAAGGAAUUCACCAUGCAGGAGCUAAAGGAGUCAGCAAUUGAGCUCAUAUUUGCUGCUUUUUUCACCACGGCUAGUGCCAGCACUUCUCUGAUCCUCCUGCUCCUGAAGCACCCCUCAGUGAUUGAAAAAAUAAGGCAGGAGCUGAUGUCCCAUGAACUGUAUCAGCAGUGUGAGUGCCACCCUGCAGGACCCUGCCCGGACACCCUGACCAUGCAGAGCAGGGACAGAGAGAAACCACGUUUCCACUCCACAGCCAAAGAUGUUCAGAAGGAUCAGAGCCAGCCCCCGGCCUCAGUGGAGGAAGGUUCCCUCCAGUCCGGUGCCCUGCUGGAGCCCACCGUCCCCCGGAGCAACUUCUGCACUGGCUCCCAGCUCCAGGCACCAUCAGGGCAGAGCUGUCACUGCUCCUCGGACAUCAGCCUGGAGAAGCUGAGCCGCCUGCGCUACCUGGACUGUGUGAUUAAGGAGGUGCUGCGGGUGCUGCCCCCAGUCUCCGGAGGCUACAGGACGGCACUGCAGACUUUUGAGCUCGAUGGCUACCAGAUCCCCAAAGGCUGGAGUGUCAUGUACAGCAUCCGUGACACACAUGAGACAGCUGCUGUCUACCAGAGCCCCCCCAGCAGCUUCGACCCAGACCGCUUUGGUGCCACCCGGAUGGAGGCUGCAGGCCGGUUCCACUACAUCCCCUUCGGUGGUGGGGCACGGAGCUGCAUCGGGAAGGAGCUGGCACAGGCCAUCCUCAAGCUGCUGGCCAUUGAGCUGGUCAGCACAGCCCGCUGGGAGCUGGCCACCCCUGGCUACCCCGCCAUGCAGACUGUGCCCAUCGUGCACCCCGUUGAUGAUGGGCUGCAGCUCUACUUCCACCCCUUGUAGCCUGGCCAUGGCUGUGGGGCCUGAGCUAGGGGUACGCUGCUCCCCUCAGCCCUGGAGCUGAUGCCCCUCCACAGCUACUGGGGGCAGGUCUCCACUGCUUCAGGCUGGGUAUGGCACUGGAUCACUGCAGAGCAAAACCUAAAGGUCUGUUUUUCCCCUCCUAGUGUACAGGCUGGUAGGGAGAGUCCUGCAGAGUCACGCUCCUGAACGCUAGGGUGAACCUCAGCCCCAGCCUGGGGGCAAAACCCAUCGAAGUUGCUGGCAGGGAGCAUAUGCCAUGGGGCCUCAGCCAGCCCCCACUCCAUAAAGGUCUCCAGCUACCAGGGAUGUGGAGCAAAACUCAGGCCUACAGCUAAGGCUCCCAGAGCAUUUCUAUCCCUGGGUUGUCUCCUACCUCUCCUGUGUUAUAGGAGAGGCAGGAUGAACAUCCUGAACACUGUAGCUUUUUAGAUGUAAAAAGAAGAAAGAUGGGGGGCUCUGCAGGAAAACACAAGCCAGAGCUGCUCAAUUCAUGGCAUCAGUGCUAGCUGGAAUAAUAGGGUGUAAAGUGGUUUUUAUUGUAAAUAUUUAAUCUCAUUCCUGCACUUCCCAUUAGAGCUGGCACAAAGAGGAUAUCUCUCAGUCACCCAGUAGUAGUAGCUGUGUAUGUUGUGUUGAGCACUGUGCUGCUGCUUGGGGUCUGCCAUGAAGCCCCACUCUGCUGUCCCCACAGGAUGUGCUCCCCAGCUACAAGUCCAAUCCUAACCACAGGAUCGAACUGAAGCAUGGGAGGGGGUUUUGGGGAGCAAACAUUUAGAAAAUGGACAUUUCUGAGUAUGUCUGAUUUGUGGUAGAAAGUCCCUUGUUCCUGGUGAUGCUGUUCACAUUGCAGAGGGGACAUUUGCAAGGUGACACAGGCUCUGUGGUGACUGGCUGGCCAGACUGACCUUGCCAGCUCUGUCAGCCUAGCUCUGCCAGCGAAAGUGCCAGGACAGCAGCUCCAUGGUCCAUCCACAGGGUGGAAGCUUGGGUUCUGAGAGCACCAUUCUAGAUGGUUUUUGAGUACCUCCACAGAGUGUUUCUCUCCCAUGUAAAAUGAAGUGAGUCCUGUUGCUUGUGUACUGAUAACAGAACUAGAGCCAGGUCCUUGGUCCACAACAAUACGUUUAUAAGCUUCUUUCAGCUUCCCCUUUGCUCCCCACUGUCAUACAUCCUGUGUGGAUGCAGUGGGGAAAAUAAUCUGCCUUGUUCCUCCGGAGCAUUCUGUGUCUGGUGGUGUGGUGUGCUCUGUGUGAAGCACCAGCUUGACCUGUGAGGGCCAAAAUGUGGCACAGUGUCCCUUUGGAAAGGCCCUGAGAGCUUUUCAGUCUCCUGAAACUGUCAUCCUCCUGCUUCAGUGCCAGGCUACAAAUGACCUCACCCUGGCCAAUCCCCCUUGUCCGUGCCGGGGCACUGCAGCAGGGUGUGUGCCGCCGUUGGCUGUCUGAGGGCUGUGCAGUGACCACUCUGCCACCUGGGGCAGAAAUGUGGCUCCCAAAUGUAACAGGUCAAAUCUGGAGGUUGAACUGCAGGGCUGAGUUAAGUGCUGUUGGCAGGCCGGCCCUGUGGCGAACCAGAGCCUCUGCCCCUCCUGACCUUGUCCUGAAAGGUGUAUCUUUUGCUUAUCAGAGGUGAAAUCAGUAGAUGGCGGGUGCAAGUGGCAAUGACUAACUUUAAUUAGCAGGAGCUGCUGGCUGACUGAGACCGCGGGCGAUUCGGGGUCCCACCGCAGGCAGGGCUGUGGGCAGGGCUGAGCCUGGUGCAGAAGGGUCGGGGCUUCUCCAGCAGCGCACUUAAAAAUUACCCCGAGCGCUAACGAGCCCUGUAGCCACCCGCUGAAAAAUGUAACAUGAAUCUAGUUAAAAAAAAAAAAGACUUGAAACUGAUUUUGUUUGCAGAUAAACACGAGCAUUUACAAAUGAAGUGUAAUAAUUGUUACUUGUAAUCAAAGUUUGUUCAUAUUAGGCUGUUAAUUUCUUGACCCCCUUCCAAGAUGUUUUUAAUUAUCCCUUUCACUCUUUACCAUUUGAUUCUUUUCAAGCCGGUGGCUGGGGAAUACACAGCUGGGGAGAUAAUAAAGCCUUCCUGUGGCAAUUAUCGGUGCUCAGGCCACCGUAUCUCGUUAUUUUGAUAGACAGUGAACUUGGCGCGCUUGCCGGCCGGGUUCACGCAGAUGUCACGGUCCGUGUUGUAGGUCAC